CAUCUCCUCCAAUCACAACGCCGGUUGACCCAACCUUCUCCUCAUCUCACCAUCUCAUCGAUCCUAUAACAUCGCUAUUACCUGUAACUCACAUUAGGAACGGUAUAUCUGACAAGUGCGGGCGGCAAGGUUCUCAGUUCUGAUGGAAAUAGCAACCCAACGCUUCCAUAACUUGACAUUCAGCUGUUGAACUAUUUCAAAAUGAGAUCUUCUACAGAGCUUCCAUUCCGCGUCUUGACGAAUAACAUUCGUUAUGCAACGAAGUCGCCAUUUAAGGGAGAGAAACCGUGGGAAGGGCGCAGGCAGCCACUCCUAAAUCAGCUGCUGUAUAACACCCGCAAUCAAGACGCUUUCAUCUGCCUACAGGAAGUUCUCCAUAACCAGCUCAUCAAUAUACACUCCGGGCUGAAUCGUAAACAUUCCACAGUCUCCGCCAAAGCUGAAGACAAUACGUGGGCGUAUAUCGGUGUCGGGCGAGAUGAUGGACAUGAAGCUGGUGAAUACUCUCCUAUCUUCUACCGACCGUCGGUCUGGCAGCUCCGACAUUGGGAAACAGUCUGGUUGUCUGAAACGCCGCAUAUCCCCUCCAAAAGCUGGGAUGCAGCGUCCAUCCGCAUUGUAACUAUUGGUGUUUUCACACAUCAUACAAGUCGUCAGACUAUUCUGGCGAUGAACACCCAUUUGGACGACCAAGGAUCCCGUUCUCGUUUUGAAGCCGCCCACAUUAUCCUUCGAAAGAUUGAUGAGUACCAGAGUGGAGAGUACAAAGAUGUCAUUUCCGCUGUAUUCCUUACGGGUGACUUGAACAGCGAAGAGACACAAGAGGCCUAUUCGGUGUUAACAGGGAGUGAGUCCACUCUGGUUGACGCUGCAAAAGCGGUCGAUCCGGCGGAGCACUACGGUAACCAUUUGACCUGGACGGGUUUCGGCUACGAGAAAGAAGACCCUUCUCGUAUCGAUUACGUCCUCUUAGGACCAGGGCCCGUGAAGGUGCUUAGCAAUGGAGGCCAGCCAUGGAAGGUGGAGGGGUAUUCCGUGUUGGCCAAUCGAUUUGACGAUGGUGUGUUUAACUCAGACCAUCGAGCGGUUGUUGUUGAUGUGAGAUUAUGCAGCUAGACGAAGAACAUGCCCGCAAACCCAUGGCCAACGCGACCCGAAGGACAGGCUGCCAUAGAUCAAACUCAGGGAUGCAAACAAGAUGGUUACAUGGUUACCUCUCCUGGGGUUCCAAUGCAACUGAUGUAAUUAUGGAGAAAGAUCAAUACCGUACCUAUACAGAAAAUCGAAUCCACUGUGAAGUAAUCC